GGGUAUCUGUUAUUGUCGCGUCUUGAGAAACAAAGCGGAUGAGUCCGACAUUUUUUAGAUUUUGACGAUCCCUUAAUUUGAAAAGAAUUUAAAAUAUUUAUUGUUAUAUUAAAUUCAUUUGCACGAGGGCUCCAUGUUUUAUUUUCCACUGGCAUGCACCAUCGGAACUCUUAGAGCAUAAUAUCGGGGAAGGAAUCUGAAAAAUCAGCACCAGGUGCCAUGUGGGUGCCGGGGCUGCUGCGGGUGACGCUGGCGGUCGCCCUGACGGCGGCCGCGGCCGUGCACGGCGACAGUGACGUCACCGUUCCCGUGACGCCUCCGACGUCGGAGGUUUCUGAGGAGCCCAGCGACGGGGGCGAGUGGCCUCCGGCUGGCACCGAGCCGGCGCUGCCGCCCAGCGGCCAGCCGCCGCAGUCCUACUUUGAGCGGCUGCCGCUGGAGGGCAGGCCGUUCGGCCAGCUGGACGGCUUCUCCCCGCGCCAGGGCCCUCCGCUGCGUACCUGCCACAGGCCAGCCGUGUGCCAGCCUCUGCGCCACGGCGCUGGCCACGGCUACGGCGCCACGUGCCUGGGCACGGCGCUCCGGUUCGCCAGCACCUCGCUCAACCUGACCGACUUCAGCUCGCAGGAGAGCCUCAAGGAGGACCUGAGCAGAUGGGAAGCCUUGCAGCAUAUUCCAAAAUGUUGGAGUGUCAUUCAGCCUUUUCUUUGUGCAGUCUACAUGCCAAAGUGUGAAAAUGAUUCUGUGGAACUUCCCUCUCUGGAAAUGUGUCAGAAGGUCCGGGGCCCGUGUAGGUUCGCGGAAGCCUUGUUCGGAUGGCCCGCCUUUCUCGAGUGCGACGAGGCACGCUUUCCGUCAAAAUGCAGAAACUCCAUGCAGGACCUCAAGUUCAACACGACCACCACGUGCCUGUCUCCGCUGGUGCCCACCAAGAACAAGUUGGCCUUCUACCCGACGGUGGAGGGCUGCGCGCCGCCCUGCCAGGGUCUGCUCUACUCGACCCAGGAGCGGCACGAGGUGCACCGCUUCAUCCACGUGUUCGGCGGGCUCAGCUUCGCGCUCACACUGCUCACCGUGCUGACGCACAUUAUCGACUGGCGUUCGUUCAGCAAGUACGCCGCCAACCGCUGCAUCUUCUACAUCAACUUCAGCCUGUGUCUGGCCAUCCUGGGCUUCCUGGUGCAGUUCCUGGACGAGUCGCGCGACACGGUCGUCUGCCACAGGGACGGCACGCUGCGCGGACCGGGAUCGGAGGAGUCUGCCACCCCCUGUACGGCCGUGUUCAUCCUCAUCUACUACCCGGUGAUCGCCGCCUUCUGCUGGUUCGUCAUGCUUACAUUCUCCUGGAACAUCACGUUCAAAACGUUUGGCCAGUCGCGUGAGAUCCAGGAGCGUCUGGACUCGAUGACGUCUUACUUCCACCUGAUCUCGUGGUCGGUGCCGCUGAUCCUCACCACCGCAGCGCUGGCCACCUCUGACGUGGUGGACAGCAACUACAUCUACGGCGUGUGCUUCGUCGGGUUCGGCAGCUGGCGCUACCGGCUCGGCUUCGUGCUGAUGCCGGCGCUGGCGGCCACACUCAUCGGAGGCUUCUUCCUCAUCAGAAGCGUGCAUUUCCUGGUGCGCCAGAAGCCGGAAAAGUCUGAGAAGAAGCGUGUAGUGAACACCAGUAUCGCCCGGCUGUGUGUGUGCGGCCUGCUGCUGGUGACCGCACUGGCUGUCAGCGUGGCGUGCCACGUUCUAGAGUACGGCGGGCGGGAGCGGCAAGAGGAGGACGUCAGGGACUUUUUGCUGUGUCAGGCGAACACCACGUACCGCCGGUACGACGACUACAGCUACGGCUACCGCUCCCAGCCGGCCUGCCAGGUGACGCAGCGACCCGCGCCGGUCGUCAUCAAGGUCCACGUGUUCUGCCUGUUCGCCGUGGGCAUCGUGUUCUCCAGCUGGGUCUGGAGGAGGUCCACGCUGAGGUCCUGGAACAGGUUCUACCGACGCGUGGUCGGUAAGCCCGAGGACCGGCCGGUGCGUCGUAUCCGCAAACACCAGGUGAUCGCCCAGGCCUGGUCUAAACGCUACGAGCUGGCCCAGAACGGACGCAUCUCUCUCAGCUUCCACAGCACGCACUCGGACCCCGUUGGUAUGUACCUGGGCCUGAACAGCGGCACCUCCGACUCGCCGUCGUCGUCGUUUUUCGCGGCCAUCCCGAGUCUGAUGGAGCGGCGCGGCGCCCUGAUCGGCUCCACGUCGUCGGCACUGGGUCUCAGUCGUAACUCGGACGGAUCGUUGUACAGUCUGUACAGCAGGGCGAGCCGUCACAGUCGCUACAGCAGGACCAGUCGCCACAGCCGGUACAGCAGGAGACUGUCACACGACUCGGACAUGUCGCGGCGCCACUCGCUCGACUCGACCCGCUCGCUGUACCGUUCCGAGGCGGACCGGGUGGUGGCACUGCUCGGCGGCAGGCGGCGCGGCCGGCGCCGGGCGCUGGCCGACGUGCGGCGCGCCGGACGGCUCUCCACCCGUCUGGCCGUCGGUCGUAGCGACUCGACCCUCAGCAGACGCAGCAGCAGCGUGCUGUCCCAGGCCAGCAGCAGUAUUAGCUCGCAGCUGCUGGGCGCCAUGGCGCUGACCAAGCACAUGAAGUCGAGUCGCUCGGGCCGGUCGGGCCGGGCCGAGCCGCGCCGAACCAGGAGGGGCACCGGAGUCCCAGCAGCCAUCGGCCUGGAGCCGGAGAGCGGCGGCUCCGCACAGACUCAGGGCGGCCGCGAUAACGCCAGUUACAUCGACUCGGAGCAGGAGGAGGUGUGGGCCGGCCGCGCCCGGCACCACUCACACGAGGAGGAUGGACGCAGGUCUGCGGCCUCCAGUAAGCGGGCGGCUAGCCGGCAGAGUCGCGGCCAGUCGUCCAACGUCAGCUCCGGCUCCUCCAUCAUCAACCUCCGUCAGCGGCUGCUCGGCGACGUGGUGGACUUUGCCCGCGCGCGCCGCAAGCAGCCAGCCUCGGCACGGGACGCAUCUCCGCCCUGGACGGAGGCGGCCAUCGAGCUUACCAAGCUGCCGGGCGGCAGCGAGGCCGAGCGGGAUAACCAGGCGCUGGUCAGCGUGGCCGUGCAGACGACGCCGUCCGAGCGCCGGAGAGCGCCCGGCGGCGCCGAGCCGCGCGGCAGCCUGACGCUGCACAACGACCUGCGCCAGGCCGGCUCCCCGCCGCCGCCCGAGCGGCUCAAUAACGGUCGCCGCAGCCCGUACACCAAGAACGCCCAGCGGCUCUCACUGCCGCGGGAUAAUGAGACGGAGGAGGGCAAACGGAACGCCAGUCCGAGGUCGGCCGAGGGGGAUGAUGUGUCGCUGGAGUCGCCGGCCACGCCGCAGCCAGAGAUGGUGUGAUGAAGGACGGACGGAAAGAUAUCGCAUCUUUCUGGACAGACAUAUCGAACUAGAUCGGACGGAAGAGUGGUUUGAUGGAAGGAUCGAAGUGGCAAACAAGCCGCUGGGGUGAUCAGAUUGUGCCAAGUGAAGCUAUGAUGGCUGAUUUAGAUCUCGGAAAUACUCGAGCUUGUAGUACUCACAUGAGACCGGUUUUUGACCAUUUUGUUCCCGGAAAGUGACUGUUGAUUUAAAUUUCAUUUCGUAACAAAGUUCGUUCAGAGCUGCACGUUUCACGUUCAAUCGUUGAAGAAGGAUUCAGCUUGACCGAAGGACAAGUGAGGGAGGCAGGGGCGCCAUUGCUAUGUUCUGUUUGAUACAUUCGGAUCUCGCUUUUUUACGCAAGAGAGCUAAAACAUGCGCUACGUCGUGAAGGCUGAACGAUGAAUCAGUAACGGGUUGUGUGUGCCUUAGUAUUUCCCUACUCCGUGUUGGGGUCGGGGACAGUUUUCAGCUAUCAAUGGUGUAUCAUACGAGGUGAGGGACAUUGUGACUGACAGGUGGGUACUUUAUUUUGCAGUGAGAUUAUUUGACAGUGAGAGAUAGGUGUACAAGUUCAAACAUGCAUAGGGGAGGGGUUCUGAUGGCUUGGGUGAUUCUCUUGAGAGUGGUAACGACGUGAGAGUUGUAGGGACGCGGAAGGGUGGCAGGUUGGUUGGAUGAUUUUCUAGCGACGUGUUUCGAUCUCACCGGACCGACGACGGUACCAGUUCUGAUCGGAAGCCACUGGUGUCUCGGAGCGGCCGGCUUCGAUGGGAAGGCCGCUGGGGAUGGCAAGAAGGCACGAUAUUGAUAUUACUGGGGAACAAAGUGCUGUUUACCCAAUCUGACUUUGUGGAAAACGAGUUGUCAGCAUUGUGCGAAGUCGAGAUCGGUGCAACAUUGUUGUUCCGGGCAACAAUUGAGAGUGAAGUGUUUGAUACUGUUGUGACAUGCGCCUGAUGUUCUGUAGUGUUGUUCGCCGAGGUUGGUUCGUUUUCCAUGCGUCUGAUAUCUCGACAUUUGUGCGACUUGAAGAUCUGAGGCCAGUUUUACCGACAGAAAAAUAGCCACCUGCCGGAAUUUUUUGCCUAAAGACCGUUUUACAUAUGAAACGAAAACAUGCCCAUCGCGUUUACGCUCCGUAUGUGAAGCGGUCUUUAGGCAAAAAAUUCCGGCAGGCGGCUAUUUUUCUGUUGGUAAAACUGGCCUCUGGAACAGAUUUUUCACCGUCGCAGAGCACACGAAAGUGUCAUGAUGUUCUGUUUCUUGCUGAUGAUUAGAACGAGCCUUAGCACUCAAUAUACUCUUUUGUACAUAUACAAA